UUCUGGAGAUAUACAAAGAAGAACUGAAAUCAGACACUGAAUUUGAAGUUAUAGAAAAUUACUUGCACAUGGAAAAUAUGGCAAAGACUUACCACGAGAAAAGGAAUUUCGAGGAAUGCAAUAUUGCAUUUCUUGAACACGAGCUGAAGACGAAAAUAGAAAAGCAGAACCUAACAAUUUUGAAGAAAACAAAAGAGCCAAAAAUAAAGCCAAGGAUGACGGAAAAUGUCCUACGUCUCCAAAAGGAAAAAAGUGAUUCAGGCAAUAUUUAAUAACAGUCAGAAAGUAAGAUAGGACAAAAUACAAAAGGUAGACGAAAAAAUUAAAAACGGUGGACAACUUAGCAAAGGCAAGCAAAAAGGAGCAAUUUACUUUAAAGAACCGAAGAAUAACAAUUACAAGCCGUUACUUCCGGGAAUGGAGGAAAUACAAAAACACCGCGUGGAAAGAGAUAAAAAAUAUUCAAGGCGUGUAGAGAAGAAACCUGAUGAUACAGAUAUGCUCGCCAAGAAUACUGCCACUCCUUACAGCAAAACACUUUCAAUGAACAAAAAUAAAAUAAAUGCGGCGAUCACAACGGCAAACCAGCAGGCAAAAAGACAGUUUGUUUCUAAAAGGAAUGAAGAUCUUAAAAGCAAACAAGCCGACUCACAUAAAGUUAACAGAAACACAAACACAAGAAUAGAAGCAUCUGAAAGGAAAAAAGGCGGUUCAGUGUUUUCGGGAAAUAAGAAUAUAAAAGUAGAUACAGCUAGUGCUGGACAAGGGCAGUUAAAAAGGCAGGGUAGAAAUAAUAAACAUAAAACAGAAAGUACAGUGACUGGAAACACAAUGAAACCGGUUGAUACAAAAUAAGGUGUAGUGAAAAACAAUGACCACGACACUUCUGCAAUAAUGGUACACACAGAGGUAGAUAAAAGUGACAACAACCGAAAGAACUUGCACAAUGGUAUAUUGAAACGAAAAAUGAUUGAGCCAAACAAACUGCGCCAACAAGUUGUGCAAACAAAGGCUAAACCUGGAUACACAAGCACACGGCUGCCGCCAUUGAAAACCCGUAAAUUACCGGAAGUUAAAGAGCCAAAGUCAUCUGAAACUCUAGAUGAUAA